AUGGCGAUCAAAGGGAGGCUCGGUGCUGGAAAAAGACGAAAGAUACCGAUCGAAGAGCGCAAAACGUACCCAAACUUGGAAGGAUACACCCGUCCCAACAUCUGCAGAAUAGCCGCCUUGGGCGUCAUCUCCUUGGGCCUCCCCUGGAACCUGAUCAGGCAAGCCCUUGCCGAACCGGCGCUCCCACUCCACAAUCUCCCCCCACGCACCCUCGUUGAGAAAGUUGUGAACCGCAACCAUGCUCUCGACGGCCGUCACGUCGGUGUCUGUGUAACCCUUGCGCAGCAAAGCAUUGUACAUCUGCUGGGGGGAAGGGUACUCCCAGUUUCCGUCUCCAGUACCCUUGGGAAUGGAUGAUUCGUCUCUGGAUGUUGGGAGCGCAUGAGUCUGGUUCGGGGCUCUCUCCUGCGAGAUAGAAUGGAACAUGUAGUUUAGGGGAUUCAAUUUGGAGAGAAACGACUGUUGGUUAUCGGCUGUGGUCUCAGGGGCGCUACCGUGAGGAACCGGGCAUGACGAUAACGCCGCAUUUGCGGAAGGGUUACUGUGCGGGACGGGGCAUCCAGAAGCGGGCGGCGCGGGAGCAGGAGCGGCGGCGGCGGUUG